GGACCGGUCUGCACCGGCUGCUCUCGCGUUUUGGCUCCGCCCCUCGCAGCGCGCGCAGCUUACAGAGCCCGCGGUUGUGACGUGAGCGUGACGCAGUGUGACGCGGAGCGGCCGCUCCCGAGGCGCUGGCGCUGCCUCUGCCGCGAGUAACAACACACAGUUACUCGGCCUGUGUGUCCAGGCUCGGGCCCCCUCCCCCGGCCUUCAUCACCCACUUCCCAGUGCCUGUCGCGCCUGCCAUGGACGACUACGCGGUACUGUCGGACACCGAGCUGGCCGCAGUGCUGCGCCAGUACAACAUCCCUCAUGGGCCUGUCGUGGGCUCCACUCGCAAGCUGUACGAAAAGAAAAUCUUCGAGUACGAGACCCAGAGGCGGAGGCUGUCACCCCCCAACUCGUCAUUCUCCUACCGGUUCUCGGACUUGGAUUCAGCAUCUGUGGACUCGGAUAUGUAUGAUCUGCCCAAGAAGGAGGAUGCCUUACUUUACCAGAGCAAGGGCUAUAAUGACGACUACUGUGAGGAGAGUUACUUGACCACCAGGACUUAUGGGGAGCCCGAGUCUGUAGGCAUGUCCAAGGGCUUCCGCCAGUCCACGACUUCACUCUCAGAUGCUGACACCUUCCACCACCAGGUGCGUGAUGACUCUCUUUUUUCUUCUGAAGAGGAGGGCAAGGAUAGGGAGCGCCCUGUAUAUGGCCGGGACAGUGCCUACCAGAGCAUCGCGCACUAUCGCCCCAUUUCCAACGUCUCCAGGAGCUCCCUGGGCUUGUCCUAUUAUCCUGCGUCCUCCGCCUCGUCUGUGUCCUCAUCUUCAUCUUCCCCCUCCUCCUGGCUCACCCGCCGUGCCAUCAGACCAGAAAAGCAGGCUCCUGUUGCUGGUCUGGGCCAGGAUCGCCAGGUCCCACUCUGGGCCCAGCUACUGCUUUUUUUGGUCUUUGCUGCCUUCCUGUUCUUUGUUUACUACUCUAUGCAGGCUGAGGAAGGCAACCCCUUUUGGAUGGAUCCCUAGGAGUACUGGCUCCACAGCCAGCUGUUCUAGGACAUCCUGGCUGACUACCUUAGCAGGGCUGGGUGGGGGUGGGGGUUUUUCUGUGUUUUAGCUUGGGGGUGCAGGGCCUGUCCCAGGGCAGUGCUUGCUCCCCCUCCACCUCAUCCUGCCAGGGAAGCUGCAGACUCCAUGGCUGGGUGGGCCUGGUUGUGCAUUCCUCUGGAGCCUCCUAGCCCUGCUUGUCUCUACCCUAGGGCCCAGGAGGGCAAGACCUCACUCCUUUAGAGGAGAACAUGUUGUUGUCAUGCAUGCCUUCUGUUUAUUUGUUGUCACCUUGUUGGGGGAGGAUUAACCAAAGGCCACCCUUUGUUUUCGUGG